CCAACAAAGAGAGUGGUUUGAAACCUAUUUAAGGAGCAAUACGCAAAUUGCGCAGUGCUAACUCGUCAUCUUGUGGCGACGAAUUCACAACUUUAUCUCCUCUAAUAUCCCGUUUUCCCACCAACUUGACGAUACAUCAGAACCAUGGCUUCGUCCAACAAAGAACACUUCAGGUUAUUCAAAAACAAGGCACUUGACUCAGAAGAGCUGAGGAGGAGAAGAGAAGAAGUUGGAAUUCAGCUCAGAAAACAAAAGAGAGAGGAACAGCUUUUCAAGAGGAGAAACGUAGAUGUUGUCCUAGAACCACCAGAUAUCACAGUCCAGGAGAACUACAUCUCCUCAUCACAGAGUUCUGUCACACAGGACAUGGUCGAAAGAGUAAUGUCAGAUGACCCAGAAAUGCAACUCAACGCUACACAGAGGUUUAGGAAAUUGCUAUCAAAAGAGCCUAACCCACCCAUCGAUGAGGUGAUUCAGAUGGGCGUGGUUCCGAGGUUUGUGCAGUUCCUUCAGGCUGAAACUAACAGUGUCCUCCAGUUUGAAGCUGCCUGGGUCCUCACAAACAUUGCAUCCGGUACCACCGCCCAGACUGGAACUGUCAUAGAUGCAGGUGCUGUCCCAAUCUUUAUACAACUGCUUCAAUCCCCAUACGACGAUGUCCAAGAACAGGCUGUAUGGGCUCUAGGUAACAUUGCAGGAGACAGUGCAGAAUGCAGGGAUCGUGUCCUGAACUGCGGUAUCCUCGUCCAUCUACUAGCGGUACUUUCAAAAUCCAAUAGGCUUUCAAUGACUAGGAAUGCUGUCUGGGCCCUGUCCAAUCUGUGCAGAGGAAAGCCCCCUCCAGAUUUCAAGCAAGUGUCUCCUUGUCUACCAGUGUUAUCCCGUCUCCUGUUCAGUAGCGAUCAAGAUGUUCUAGCCGACGCCUGCUGGGCACUGUCCUAUCUAUCGGAUGGACCUAAUGAAAAGAUCCAGGCUGUCAUUGACAGUGGUGUCUGCCGCAGACUCGUAGAACUACUCAUGCAUUCUUCCAAUAGUGUGGUAUCAGCUGCCCUGAGAGCUGUAGGUAACAUUGUCACUGGUGACGAUGUCCAAACACAGGUUGUCUUAAAUUGUUCAGCCCUUCCCUGCCUUCUAAGCCUGCUAAGUAGCUCCAAGGAAUCCAUCCGAAAGGAGGCCUGCUGGACGAUAUCCAACAUCACCGCCGGCAACCGUGCCCAGAUACAAGCUGUGAUUGAUGCUAACAUCAUCCCAACGUUGAUAGACAUCUUGGGUAAGGCUGAAUUCAAGACUAGGAAGGAAGCCGCCUGGGCCAUCACCAAUGCUACUUCAGGCGGUCGCCCCGAACAAAUCAGUUUCAUUGUUGACCAGGGUUGCAUCAAGCCUUUGUGUGACCUCCUGACCGUGAUGGACAACAAGAUCGUCCAGGUGGCCCUCAAUGGACUGGACAACGUCCUCAAGCUAGGUCAGACCGAUGCCAAGGCCUCAGGGACACCCAACAGAUAUGCCCUCAUGGUGGAGGAGUGCGGAGGUCUCGACAAAAUUGAGUUUCUCCAGAGCCACGAAAACCAGGAGAUUUACCAACGAGCCUUCGAGAUCAUCGAGCACUACUUCAGCGCUGACGAGGAGGAUGAGAAGCUGGCCCCAGGGGUCAACGCAGAUGCCCAGCAGUUCAACUUUAACCCCCAGGACAACGUCCAAGGCUUUGAGUUCUAGACCGACGGUCAUAAUACCUAUCCGGGGGUGAAGUUUUAUCCACCUUUGAAGGUGCAGUGAGUUAACUAAUAGAAUCUAAGGUGUAUACAGAUUAUAACAAGCUGGGGGUGAUGUUGUAUUAUUCGAUAGAGAGGCACUGAUUGUAGCCUUCUCGUUGGUGGGUGAUGGGGUUAGCCAUAACACUACUGUUACUCAUUUGUAGUAUGAGUUUGUGUAAUCGAUAUAUAGCAAUUGUCAUACAAACUAAGUUAACAUGGUUCCUUCGAUGAGCAAGGUAUGAACUUCAACUCAUGAGUAGCCAAAAACAAAUUUGUCAGAAGUGAGAAAAUAGACUUUUAAAAUACCUGAUGUCACUAUAACCAACUAAUGCUAGUUCAUGAUUAAUGAGUGCAACUCCUGUUUCGACAAGAGAUUCAAUUCAAUUCAAUUCGUUCCCUUUUGGAUAUAGCUUUAAAUUUGCAUUUAAAAAUUGCAAUUACUAUGAAGGGUUGAAUUUGCGAUAGAAUUCACCCUGAUCAAUGCAGCGAAAAAGUAUAGAUUUCAAUGUGUCUGUACUUUGUCAGAAAAGGGGGAAGGAGAUGCACCUUUCUUGAGAAAUACUGUGCUUUUUAAAUGGCGUCACUUCAAUCAUUUAAUAAGGAUGAUCUCAAUUGUUCAUGACCAGUGAGAAUCGAACAGGCAAGAUAAUAACCAGACCAUCAGGAUUCAAAAUUGCAAUACACAUGUAUGUAAAAAUGAAAUCUUGUGACACAAAAAGCCUGAUGCUUUUAUCCAUAAAUUCCCGCUAGGGUGUAACCUUCUACAGAUGAUCAUUUAAAUUGAUGAAUGUGGGAUGACAAAAAUGGAAAUCAUGGAAAAUGUAAAAAAAAGAGGAAGAUAGAGGAUGUGCAUCUGUAAAUAUAUGAUAGAGUCAUUUGUAAAUUCAUCAUACUCUGUUGUGUAUUGUAGAUUAUGAGUGUAUAUAUACGGUCAUGGGGAUUGCCAUUUUAGUUUCUCCCUCUUCUCUUUUCCCUCUCUUCAAAGUCUAAUGUAUAUCAGGGAUUCUUGCUUCUGAAGCGUAGUGAAUCCCGUUCAAAAUGCUGGAAUCUUAAAUCUAAUCGUUUGAUGUGAGAGCGACAUUUGAAAGACAAUACUAACUUGUGAAAAUAUUCUCUUUCGGUCCGUCACCUCUUUCUCUUUCCUUAUCAUAUUUCCUUCCAUUGCAUAUCAUAUAAAGCCUUGUGCUUUGAAAGAGAAGUGAGUUUAUAAGCAAUAUGUCUAUCUAAGGUGUUUAAAUUUCGCUUCACAUCAAGUUUGAGGCAAAUCUGUUUUUAAAAAACAACACUGUGUACAAUGAUUGUUUGCAGCAUGUGUGAUUCAGUUUCUGACAUUGCAUGUCAUUCCGUUUGUAGCUCUUACUCUACUCCCAGUCUGCAUUGUAAAUAUCAUGCAUAAGGUAUGGGACAAACAAAAAAAGAGAAAAAAUAUAAAAAUUAUCUUAUUCUCUGUCAGAAAAGUGCUGCAAAUCCAGAGGUAUAUUUCUCAAGUGCUAUUUAAGACUGUUUCGCAGGGUUAUGGUUCAACUUUCACAAAGCUUGGCGGCUUGUGGAAGAUCCUGUUAGCUUCCCAAAGAUUCACACGUGUGUUUACCUCUAGAUCUUAUUUGAAGAAGAAAAAAAAGAAUAGAUUCUCUGCCUUAUUAUGACGAUUUAUGUAAUCCUGCUGUGGGAAUCAGUCGGAUGAUAAUGUUACAUAUACACAGUGUACAAAAAAAAAAGAGAAAAAAAAAGAAAAAUACAGGAAAAUGAAAAAAAAUUGUAGGAGAAUGUUAAAAUCUUAUUCAACGUAUUAUUCUUCUGAAGAAUGAAAUCAUGAUAAGAGAGUAUAAGCAUUAUAUAAUACAGCUACUUCUUGCAUGUUUUACAUGUUUCAAGUAUGAUGGGAAUUAUUUAGCAUCGUUACCCUGAAUAUUGGUGGUAAUUCCGGCAACGAAUUUUUCACGUCUCUUCUCCACUCUGUUUGUUGAUUCAUCGAGUUGAAUUUGUUUCUCGAGAAACUAGCUUUAGCCCAUACUUGUAGAUUUAAAAAACUUCUUAUUAAAAAAGAAGAUUAUAAUGUAGUUGGUUAGUACUUAGUAGUAGAUCAAUGUAGGAUGAUUUUUAAUGGAAUUUCCCUGUGAAUUAUCCACCGUGUAUGUUAACAAUAAGUGCGUGAUAUGGAGACAAAAUUAUUUUGACAUGAACCAUACAUUAUGGACGAAAGUCCUUGCACAUUAGCAAACAUACAAGCGAAACAUCGAGGACAUGAUGCAAAAAACAUCAACAUAAACAAGCCUUUUUUAUUAUUGUGUAUUUUAUUGAAGAAAUAUUGACAUUAACAUGUACAUUUUCAGCCUCUCCACAGGUACAAUGCUAUCAUUUGACUUAAUAAUGCUGUUUAAGAAAAAUGUUUGUAAUUGCAAUUUUUCAACCA